CAUCGAAUGUUAACAAGAAGUGCUAGAAGUCGAUAUAAGCGUUUGAUUGGUGCAUUAUACAGACAGUAUACAGUUGAUUCAUCUAAAAAAACACAUAUUAUACACUCGUUGCUUAGGAAUCCCGUCAUUUUCGAACCAAUACGUAAACCACGUUCUCCGAUCGUGUUAUGCCAUGGUCUUUAUGGUUUCGAUGUUUGGACUCCUCCUGGUAUUCCGAAGCUCCAGUUACACUACUGGGCUGAUCUAAUGGAUAUUCUACGUAACAAAAUCGGCGCGGAAGUUAUAGUUACCGGUGUUCCAGGUACUGGCUCAGUUAAAGAGAGAGCAGACGCGAUGCACAAUCAACUCCAGAAUACAGUCAAAGGCAGAGACAUCAAUUUUCUCGCCCAUUCUAUGGGUGGUCUUGAUUGCCGUCAUCUUCUCACCCAUAUCAAUCCUACUGACUAUAAACCACGGUCGUUGACGACAAUAUCAACACCUCAUAGAGGUUCUCCAUUCAUGGAUUGGUGUGCAGCAAAUAUCGGAAUUGGCGCACAAGCGAUACAGGAUACCGCAGAUGCAAGCAGUCAACCACUGAGUGUUCCUUCUAUGCCACUCUCAUUAAAAUCACCACUCUUACAAGCGCAACCUACAACUUCAACAACUAACAUAACAAAUGAUCCUAACUCAGACUCAAAAUCUUCACUAUCUUCACUCCCUCAGAUUUCUUUACCGAUCGCAUUUACAUCUUCACUAUCUAGUUAUUUACUUGCAUUAUUAGACUCACCUGCUUACGCUAAUUUAACAACUGCAUUUACAAAUGGAAUAUUUAAUCCUCGAACACCGGACGUAGAAGAUGUAAAGUAUUACUCAAUAGCUGCUCGGCAUCCGGGAUUAGGUUGGUGGCAUCCACUUUUCCUUCCUCAAUUGGUUUUAGAAGCCUCUGCUAAAGCUAGUAUGAGAGAAGCAGAAGGUAAAAUCGGUGAUGAUUAUGAAGGUAACGAUGGUCUUGUUAGUGUCAGUUCAGCAAAAUGGGGUGAGUUCUUGGGUGUAAUUGACGGUGUUGACCAUUGGUGGAUGAGAGGAUCACGAGGGUUUCCAAAAGAUAACAAAGGUAGUGUUACGGAUGCGACAACUAAUACAAAACAACCAAUAAAUCAUAAAGAUUUAUACAACACCCCUGAAUCUAGUUGGCAGGAUGUCAACAAACAGAUUGAAAGUAAUUGGCGAGGUAAAGAAGAACAAAAUGUUGAUUCACAACAAUCAUCAGUUAGUGCUAUCGCUAGAUGGUUUAGUGAUCGUAUACCAACUUCACAAUCAAAAGCCAAUGAAGAUAAGGAAAAAUCAAUUGAAAAAUAUGAAAAUCACAUGGAUAGAGAAAAGUUCUAUAUAGCUUUAUGUCAUAAACUAUAUCAAGAUGGAUUGUAAAUUAUAUAAAUGAUAAGAGUGAAAUUUUU